AUGAUCGGCGCAACGAUUUUUCGGACGGUGCUCUCCAGAGGGAGUUGCAGGGCGACGUGCUGCGAAGAAGACGCGCGAUGCGAAGACUGGCAGUGUGACGAUGUAUCCACGAACCUGGAAGGUUCUUGCUACAACUACAAUUACGACGAUAGGAGGAAGCUCAGCAGCUCUUCUUCCACGUCUCUGGGCGAAUGCAGCGACGACACGUGUUGCCAACUCAUCGACUACACGUGCGACUCGUUCGUGGACGCCGAGAGCGGUGCAAGCCUAUGUCCGUCCGGGUACGUUGCGAUUUCCUUUGGCGAAAGCGUCUCGUGCGGCAUCGGAGUAGAGUGUGACGUGACGCCUUGCUGCGAAGAGGAGGCACGAUGCGAAGACUGGCCGUGUGACGAUGUAUCCACGAACCUAGAAGGUUCUUGCGACGACGAUGACGAUGGCGAGAGAAGGAGGCUCAGCAGCUCUUCUUCCACGUCUCUGGGCGAAUGCAGCGACGACACGUGUUGUCAACUCAUCGACUAUACAUGCGACUCGUUCGUGGGCACCGAGAGCGGUGCAAGCCUGUGUCCAUCCGGGUACCGUGCGAUUGCCAAUAGCGAAAGCAUCUCCUGCGGCGUCGGAGUAGCGUGUGACGAGGCGACGUGCUGCGAAGAAGAUGUAGACGAGGAACGAUGCGAAGACUGGCCGUGUGACGACGUAUCCACGAACCUGGGAGGUUCUUGCUACAUCUAUGCAUACAGCGACGACGAUGACGAUGGCGAGGGAAGGAGGCUCAGCAGCUCUUCCUCCAUGGCCGAAUGCAGCGACGACACGUGUUGCCAACCCAUCGACUACACGUGCGACUCGUUCGUGGAUGCGGCGAGCGGUGCAAGCCUGUGUCCAUCCGGGUUCAGUGCUAUCGCCAAUGCCGAGAGCGUGUCAUGCGGCAUCGGAGAGGAGUGCGACGAGGCGACGUGCUGCGAUGAAGAUGUGGAACUUAUGUGCGACUCGCUCGUGGAUGCGGAGAGCGGUGCAAGCCUGUGUCCAGCCGGGUUCAGUGCUAUCGCCAAUGCCGAGAGCGUGUCGUGCGGCAUCGGAGAGGAGUGUGACGAGGCGACGUGCUGCGAUGAAGACGUGGAGCUUAUGUGCGACUCGUUCGUGGAUGCGGCGAGCGGUGCAAGCUUGUGUCCAUCCGGGUUCAGUGCUAUCGCCAAUGCUGGGGGCGUCUCAUGCGGCGUCGGAGAGGAGUGCGACGAGGCGACGUGCUGCGAUGAUGACGUGGAGCUCAUGUGCGACUCGUUCGUGGAUGCGGCGAGCGGUGCAAGCUUGUGUCCAUCCGGGUUCAGUGCUAUCGCCAAUGCUGAGAGCGUCUCAUGCGGCGUCGGAGAGGAGUGCGACGAGGCGACGUGCUGCGAUGAAGACGUGGAGCUCAUGUGCGACUCGUUCGUGGAUGCGGUGAACGGUGCAAGCCUGUGUCCAUCCGGGUUCAGUGCUAUCGCCAAUGCCGAGAGCGUGUCAUGCGGCAUCGGAGAGGAGUGCGACGAGGCGACGUGCUGCGAUGAAGACACACCGAGGCCAAGCCCUGCGCCCACUCCGGCGCCUUUCGUGGCGCCAACACCGGGACCGAUCUUCACGGAACCACCGUUGACCCCCGCCCCUACCCGCGAUACACGGAGGCCAAGCCCUGCACCCUCUCCGGCGCCUUUCGUGGCGCCAACACCGGGACCGAUCUUCACCGAACCACCGUUGACCCCCGCCCCUACCCGCGAUACACGGAGGCGAAGCCCUGCACCCACUCCGGCGCCUUUCGUGGCGCCAACACCGGGACCGAUGUUGACCCAGGCACCGUUGACCCCAGCCCCUACCCGCGAUACACGGAGGCGAAGCCCUGCACCCUCUCCGGCGCCUUUCGUGGCGCCAACACCGGGACCGAUGUUGACCCAGGCACCGUUGACCCCAGCCCCUUCCCGCGAUACACGGAGGCGAAGCCCUGCACCCACUCCGGCGCCUUUCGUGGCGCCAACACCGGGACCGAUGUUGACCCAGGCACCGUUGACCCCAGCCCCUACCCGCGAUACACGGAGGCGAAGCCCUGCACCCUCUCCGGCGCCUUUCGUGGCGCCAACACCGGGACCGAUGUUGACCCAGGCACCGUUGACUCCCGCCCCUACCCGCGAGGAAACCCUUCAGCCUUCACCUGGGGAGACUGUGUCACCUGUGUUUGACCGGACCCUUCCACCUGCGCCCGAGUCAACUGUGCCACCUACCCUCUCGCGAACGGCCCCUCCCGUAGCAUUCCACACCCUGUCACCGAAUUCAGAGGAAACGCUUCAGCCUUCACCUGGGGAGACUAUGUCACCUGUGCUUCCACCUGUGCCCGAGUCAAGUGUGCCACCUACCCUCUCGCAAUCGACCCCUCCCGUAGCAUUCCAAACCCUGUCACCGAAUUCAGAGGAAACGCUUCAGCCUUUACCUGGGGAGACUAUGUCACCUGUGCUUCCACCUGUGCCCGAGUCAACUGUUCCACCUACCCUCUCGCAAUCGACCCCUCCCGUAGCAUUCCAAACCCUGUCACCGAAUUCAGAGGAAACGCUUCAGCCUUCACCUGGGGAGACUAUGUCACCUAUUGACCGCACCCUUCCACCUGUGCCCGAGUCAAGUGUGCCACCUACCCUCUCGCAAACGACCCCUCCCGCAACAUUCCAAACCCUCUCACCGACUUCAGAGGAAACCCUCCCCCCAUCGCCUGGGGAGACUAUGUCACCUGUGUUUGACCGCACCCUUCCACCUGUGCCCGAGUCAAGUGUACCACCUACCCUCUUGCAAACGACCCCUCCCGUAGCAUUCCAAACCCUGUCACCGACUUCAGAGGAAACCUUUCCCCCAUCGCCUGGGGAGACUAUGUCACCUGUGUUUGACCGCACCCUUCCACCUGUGCCCGAGUCAACUGUGCCACCUACCCUUUCUCAAACGACCCCACCCAUACCGUCCCCAUCCCUGGCACCAAUGUCAGAGGAAACCCUCCCCCCUUCGCCUGGGGAGACUAUGUCACCUGUGUUUGACCGGACCCUUCCACCUGUGCCCGAGCCGCCUGUGCCGGUACAAACGCCGGUUCCGCAAUCGGCCGUCGACCCUCUUAGUCCUUCGGUUCAGACCCCAAGCCCGGCAGAAGAAGUUACUGUUGCACCUGGAGCGACGGCUUCCCCUGGAGCUACUGUGGCGCCGAUCACCACCAUCGCACCAGGAACUACCCUUGCACCCGGUGAAACGUGGGCCCCGGCCCUCACGAUUCGAACACCGUCUCCUGGAGCAACGUCUGCCCCCGGGGCCACGGCUUCCCCUGGAGCUACUGUGGCGCCGAUCAUCACGAUUGCACCAGGAACUAUCCUUGCACCCGGUGAAACAUGGGCCCCGGCCCUCACGAUUCGAACACCGUCUCCUGGAGCAACGUAUGCUCCCGGGGCCACGGCUUCCCCUGGAGCUACAGUGGCGCCGAUCACCACCAUCGCACCAGGAACUACCCUUGCACCCGGUGAAACGUGGGCCCCGGCCCUCACGAUUCGAACACCGUCUCCUGGAGCAACGUCUGCCCCCGGGGCCACGGCUUCCCCUGGAGCUUCUGUGGCGCCGAUCACCACCAUCGCACCAGGAACUACCCUUGCACCAGGUGAAACGUGGGCCCCGGCCCUCACGAUUCGAACACCGUCUCCUGGAGCAACGUCUGCCCCCGGGGCCACGGCUUCCCCUGGAGCUACUGUGGCGCCGAUCAUCACGAUUGCACCAGGAACUACCCUUGCACCCGGUGAAACAUGGGCCCCGGCCCUCACGAUUCGAACACCAUCUCCUGGAGCAACGUAUGCUCCCGGGGCCACGGCUUCCCCUGGAGCUACUCCUGCACCUUCGGGUAGCACUGGAGAGGUAGAAAGCCCUGGGACAACAGCCGCUGGAGCGGUGUCCAUCUUUGCCCUGAUCGGCAUAAUGGUGGUGUCCACCGGCAGCAUCGUCAGGUCGAACCACGGCAAUGGGUCAGUGUCAUCUGCGGGCGGAGCGGGGGGGGCAUCUGCGAACGGCUCCCGCGGCCUUGUGGGCACGGCUGGUGCUGUAGCGCCCGUUGGUGAGACGGGCGAAGGAGAUAGCCCCUCCCGCGUCAGCCACCGCAGGCCUUCGGCAACUUUGGCGUUCGUGCUCAUGACGCAACUCCAGUUUCUUGCGAUGCUGUCGCUGGUUGACUAUGUCGUAAGCCAAGGUUCCUGGCUCGCCGACUUCGUCGUCGGUCUCAGAUGGAUCAAUCUGUGGUGGCCAGCGGAAAUCGGCGAAGACAUCGUCUCCGACGGGUGCAUCUUCGAGACUGGGGCAAGUGAAAUCGGCGCCUUGGUAUUCGUGGGCAAUCUUGCGCUGGUGCUAGGCAUUCUCCUUGCCAUAUUCUUCCUUCACGUGGCGGUGGUGUCCGGAGCAGAGGCACUCUGGUUGACGAAGAAACGCGCCCGAGAGAACCUAGACGGAGCACGCCGUCGUAACACCCCUAUCAGCGAGCUGCUGGCGCGAUUCAGGGGCGGAAGGAUGAUACGCCGGACGAACCCGGGUCUCACCGAUCCCAGCCCGUUCGGCUCUAGAAACCCAUCCCUUGUACGUGACAGGUCACAGAGAACUGACGAGGAGGAAGGAGGACGAGGAUUGGUGCCCAUGUGCAGCGAGAAUCAGCUGAGCCCGGUGGCGACGUGCCGGGAGCACUCGACAUCGGCCUGGCUCCAUUUCCCGCACGUGGAACUGGUGUUCCUGUUUUUCGCGUUCGAGGGGGCCGUGGCGUCGUUCGCGUCUGCCAUUCGGAACUCUGAGUGCCCAGAGAUGUUUUACACGGCGAUAGCAGCGAUGGUCUUGUACCCGCUGUUGAUGUUCGCGACGGUCGUCCGCACUCUGUUCGUCCGGGUUCGUCCCGACGAGCUGCUGAUAUUCAAGACGUACGACGAAGACGGCACCAAUGGCAACGCACCCAACUGCAGAGGUGGCUUCCUGUCCCAUUUCAAGAGCAGCUGGGCCGAAAACUACAGCCUCUUUUCCUGGGCAGACAAGGGGCAGUGGGAGACAGUUCAAACGCCGAAUCGCAACAUCACACGAGAGGGCGACUGGUUCCGGAUCGGGUUCGAGCCGGUAUUUGUUGACUACACCAAGCGGGGCACUUGGUUCAUUGUGAUCUCGCUUGUGGAGUGGGCCUCCAUCGCCUUGGUCGGGGUCAUGAUAGACAACAGCAACGUGCAGCUGCUUCUGUUCUGCGGCCUACAGUCGGCGAUGUUUCUCAUCCUUGUGUGCCUCAAGCCUUUUGCGAACAGUGUGAUCAACGGUAUUGGAGCAUGCAUCGUGGCCAUCGAUGCCGUCAGCACGGGAUUAUUGGCGGUUGCAGCCCUCAAGUGGGAGGGGACAAGCAGAGCGACAGAUGUGAACUCUGCGGUCGGUGUUCUACAGAUAGUCUCGCUCUGCGCUCUGGUAAUCCCAGUGUACUUGGACGCUGUGACAAUCGUGAUGGGAGCUAUUCGCAACCGCAUACGAAAAGCCUUGGGCAAGACCGGGCAGCAGCAGUUGAAAGGCGAAAGCCCGGAGGCCCGAGACUACAUUCGCACCUUCACCCGACGGCAGUGGUGUGGGACGUGGUGCGCCAUGUUGAGGCACAAUGUCUUUGCCUGCGCGAGAGAUACUCGUGAAGGCGUUCGCAAACCCCACCUCCUCACAGCUGCUCGUUCGGGACCGUACCCUCCGUUGGACAAGAGCAUUGGGCCGGACGGGACGGAAGGCGACGGUGGUCCACCCCGCCGCCCGAGUUUCAACGCUAUCGGCACUGUGCACACCCCUGUUGUCGUUAGUGGCGAGGUGGCGGGCUCGCGAGCAACCGCGUGGGGUGGCAUUCCGAGGCAGAGUUCUCUGCAGCACGGUGAUAACCGGGCCGCGACCGCCUCGUUGAACGGUAUGAGCGCCGUGCCUGGUGCUGCCAGCGGCAAGGUGGUCAUACAGCAAGGAGUGGACUCGAGCGCGCGCGACGCGGAACCUCCUGCUGCCCAAUCUGCGGUCUUCGCCUCGACGGACCACGAUGCGACCGUUUCGAUGAACGGUAUGAGCGUCGUGGAAGGUGUUUCCAGCGGUCGGGGUGUGAUGCACCUGGGCGUGGACUCGAGCGGGCGCGACACUGAACCGCCCGCUCCCCCAUCUGCGGUCUUUACCUCGACGGGCCGCGAUGCGGCCGCUUCGUUGAACAGUAUGAGGGUGGUGGAAGGUGUUUGCAGCGGCAAGGAGAUCAUACAGCAAGGGGUGGAUUCGAGCGGGCGAGACACGGAACUGCCCGCUCGCCCAUCCGCGGUCUUUACGUCGACCGGCCGCGAUGCGACCGCUUCGUUGAACGGUAUGAGCGUGGUGGAAGGUGUUUCCAGCGGCAAGGAGAUCAUACAGCAAGGAGUGGACUCGAGCGGGCACUACGCGGAACCUCUUGCUACCCAAUCUGCGGUCUUCGCCUCGACGGACCACGAUGCCGCCAUUUCGAUUAACGGUAUGAGCGUCGUGGAAGGUAUUUCCAGCGGUCGGGAUGUGAUACACCAGGGUGUGGACUCGAGCGGGCGAGGACGCGAUCCCCGUGUCGCCCCAUGCGCUAGCCACUCGUCCGACUUCAUCCCCACAGAUGUCGAUGAUGACAAGAGGGAGCGUGUCUCCGUGAAAGCCUCGUCCGUUUUUGGAUCUUCUGGCGGCGGCACGUGUACGGUCCAGGCUGGCGCUAGCGGGAGGGGACUUAUGACAGGUGAUGGUCUUGGAGGAGCUGAUCAUUCCCGUGGUGCGUCCGCGACCGCUCCAUGUCGACACGACGUUGGGCCGACGAAUAUUUCCUCGGCAAAAGAGCGUGUCCUGCGCUUCCAGAAUACGCUCUUCAUAUCCUCCAGUGAUACUGCCUCGGAAAGCAGUUCGGCCGCGAAAGGGGGGAGUAGUAGAAGUAUCAUUCGACGUGGCGAGUCGAACGAGCACGAGAACUAUACGCCAUCACCGAAGGAGACAGGAGCAACGGGAGUUGGUAGCGACCAGAUAUCGGGAGCGGGCCGGGUCGGAGGUGGUAGGAAAGGUGAACCGAAGCUAGCCUUUCUGAGAAGUCGUCCUCCCGUCGAGAAGGACGUGCCGAGGCGGAGGGGCGUCGCUGGUCUUGCAUUGGCGGCCGCGACUAACGCCGUACCCUCCGCAACGGUACCGGAGUCUGAAAGCACCACUAUCGACGACGAGAAACUCGAUGGCGAUGAGGGAGCUGAUGAAAGUAUGGACAGUAGCGGUCGGGGGAACCCGAAAGGCCCAUUUCAACUUCCGCGGGGCGCUCGAGGUUCAACCGAAAUCGACGUGUCCGAAGACAUACUCCCGGCUAUAUGUGAUUCUCCUGCUGCGAGUGAGUUCUUGAGCGCAGACUCGGACAAACAACAAACACGUGCUGGCCACCACCAUGGCGGGAGCCGACGCAAGUUUGGAGGCGCCUUUCCGCGACUAUCGUUGACCUCUCGGAACAACCCUACCGAGAGCUCCUUCCCUCGCCGGCGCUCUGCAGACGCGUGGAAUCAUCCGGUAGACGAGUCGAUGAACAGCCUGCGCGCGUCUAUUCAGGAGGAGGAGGACGGGGGUGCUUCGGGCAUCGGCGCCGGCAACGGUGGUGGCAAGAGCGACAUGAACACCGAGGAAGAGGACGACCUCCCGAGGGUGGAUGUUACGGCAAGCGAAGAGAACAGCAACCGCGGCGAGUCUGGGAAGGGAGAAUCGGGGCUUUGGGGUCUGAAGAAUAAAGCGCCCGUCGCUUACGAUCUGCCUCGCCGUAGCUCGGGAUACUCUGCGGAUUCUUCGGGGCGCGCGGACGGGAGUCGAGGUCAAUUCUUGCCCUGGCGGGAGGAGACCGGCGAUGUCUGGGUUGGAAACGAUCCCGACAGUACUGGUGCGACCGCUUGUGAGGGCAGGGAACGAUCUAUCUCCGGGGCAAGGAGCACCUCCGUCUUCGCUGGACUAAUGGGUCAAGUUGCAAGGCCACUUGAGAGCGACCGGCCUAGACGCCGCGGGUCCAUGGAGACUUCCCUUGUGAGAGGAAGAGCUGUGCUCCCGGGCGAAGAUUUGUCGAAAAGCAGUGGUGCGAGCGCAGAAGACGUCGACAGCUCGUCCGGGUUCGUCGUGUCGGCAAGUCGUAGGGCAGGCGGCAGCAACAACGUAUCAAGGGACUUGGGGUGGCCCGCGGGCUCAAAGGGCAAAACUCCCGUCGCCAGCGAUCUUCCCCGCCGAACCUCGGGCUACUCUGCCGAUACCUCAGCUCAUUCUGUGGGUGAAUUAGACGUCUCCGGAGGCAGAGCAUUUCAGGAGGAGGAACAUACUGCGGACAGGAUCGCAUUUGGUAUUCGGAGCGAUGCUAAGCCCGGGGUUGACUCUGCCAGGCAGGGCUCUCGUGGAAACCCCGUUGCGAGCGGCGGUCGGAAGAGCUUGUUUCCGACGCUCGUCGGGUACAAUCAUGCACCGGUCGAGAGCGAUCUACCCCGGCGUCGGGCUAGCGAAUAUUCAGGAGCAGCAGAACCCAGGGUGGACGGGGCGAUGGGUGGUGGUGCCGAUACAGAUAAGGCCGCAGCUGAUCUUUCGAUCGGCACGAGCGACGUCGACGGCAGCAGGGAACAAAGGAGGGACGGGGCGCGAUGGGGCUUGGGACGUAGAGCGCCCAUCGCGAGUGAUCACCCGCGGCGUUCCUCUGUCUGCUCAUCGGGCCCUGCUCACGCCGUGGCCGUUCUCGCUUCUCAGGGUUCGUCACGCCAUGACGACGCUGGCCUCCCGGAAAGCUUUGUGUUUGCCGAAGACUACACCUCUGUUCGUCUAGGGGAUGGGCUAGGGGUGAGCGUUGGGUCAUCUAUGUUAGAGAGUGGAGAAAGCGGCAGUUUUGUUCGGGGUUGGAGCGGCCGGACCCAGUCCGCUCGUAGGAUGCAUUCCCCCCGGCACGGGGACGUGGAACCCGAAGUGAGCACGGACGGCUUGAGCUUCACCCGGGGUCCUACCGCCGUUCGCUCCGGCCAUGGCCUAGGUAUCAGCAUUGGAUCGUCUAUAGGAGAGAUCGAUGGAUAUGACCAUGAUCUUGGGGAUCUGAAAGACCAAGCCUAGGAGGUUCCACCAGUACGGAGGAGUUGUUGGAGAAGAUGGUGCUUGAAUUGUAAUAUAACGGUGUAGACUAGUGGUAGUAAAAUGCGGUGACAACCCGCAAUAUUUCGCGAGAGCACAAGAAGGAUGUUGUGUUUACCCCCAGAGUUGCUUCUUGGGAGCGCGCAGGUGUGGCCCCCGAAGGCCGAAAUGUUUUACCUUGUUUCGCAGUACGCGUUUUUUUGUUGUCGAAUGCACAUCAGAAACAGAGCAGGGCCUUAGAAUCUGGAUAGAUACACGAUACCACGUGUUCUACAGUAUCUGCCGUUGUUUUCUGUUCCCACACGCGAUCUCAACUUUGGUGUAGAUUGUGAGUGGACUUUCGAGCGUCGGCGAACGCUUUUGGCCGAGUACAGCAACUGCUGUAAACCUUGUGGUGGGAUUGCCAAUUGCUGAUUGGAGGGUCCUGUGUGGCUGGGUCUGGGAACGGACCGACCCCAGCGUGUUGUGCCAAAACCGUUGUAAGUUAGUUCCCAAUACUUGUAGAAGUGUUACUGUUUCUUUGAAUUCGAGAUGGGUGUUUGAAAAACGGUUAGCGAUUGCCGCUGAUCGCUGUUUGCUCCUGAAAUACGGUGAGCUCGUGAUAGGUAAAGAACACUACGGAGUAUUCGGCAUGUAGCUGGUAUCUUUAGAAAAGGUAGCUUUCCAAUGCCGCAUGUUGGGUCUGUAUGUUGGGGUCUUUGCCGAGUCAGUCCUUUGUUUGAAGGGCUGCGUUUUUGCACAUACAUUUUUUGUUGAGCUGAUUCUGCGAAUGGUUGACGUUCGAAGAAAGUGUACAAAAUUAAGUCUGCUGCUCUUCAGUAUACCGGAGCCUCAUUUUCGUGUUGGUCAUGAAGUCUAGUAUUUUCGCGAACAAGACGCGUUGUCAUUUGUAGGAGAACCUGUGACGUUAUUUAUUUUGUGUGUGUGGUGUAGAGCGUAUAUGACGACAAUGUGCCUUGGUCGGCGAUCGAAGCGCUUCCUUUGUGGAGAGAAGAAAUUCGCUUGUUUUGGAGUGGCAAGGUGGACACGGAUGCUGUCACGUAGAUGACUGCUCUGUGCGACUGUGCACACAUGAUUCUAGAGCAAUAGUGCGUGUCCGCCACAGGAUGAGGAUGGCAAGGUAGCGUGCGUACCGUAGCAAGAGGGUCAUGUCCUUUGAGGUUGUCAUGCAUGCAUUCGACAACUUAUUCUCCACCAGACGCAUUGAUGUAAACCUUUAUUUUGUUAUUUUGGGGAUCACGUC